AUUCGCUCCCUCCCUCGCGAUGGACCCGUCCUCCGUCCAGAGGAGCUGGAGUUACUCCUGCACUUUUCCAUUAGGAGACUUUGGGACACUUGAACGGGAUCGCCGUUGGUCGACGAGCACCUCUGGACUGAGCGGGAUGAAACGCGUUAUUCUUCUGCAAGCGCACCAUCAGAAAGAGUUUGAUUCCGUGCACACUUGAGGCCAGACGCGCUGUGUUCGCUCGCGCAGAAUCUCUUAUCGCUCGCGCAGAGAUCUGGAAGUUUGAGCGCGCUGAUCCCAGAUCCAGCUGCUCCAGAGGAAGGAUGCACACUCUGAGGAUUACAGCCAGAGCUGCUCUGAUGCUGAUAGCAGUCCUCCUCACAACAUGCACACUCACAGGGGCUGACGUGAACCUGUCUGAGUCUGGAGAGAUCGAGGCUGUAGCUGAGGCCCAGAGCGGAGGACUGCCCACAGCUGAAGGUGAUUUCCUGGAGUUUGUGGAGCCACCAAACAAUAUGACUAUAGUGCAGGGCCAGACGGUCACUUUACACUGCAAAGUGGCGGGCCGCCCGCGGCCCAGCAUCCGCUGGCUGAAGAACGACGCCCCGGUGGUGCAGGAGCAGGGCCGAAUCUCCAUCCGCAAGACAGAGGCUGGAUCCAAGCUCCGCAUUCAAGACCUGGACACCACCGACACGGGAUACUACCAGUGUGAGGCCUCAAACUCCUUCAAAGUCAUCUCGGCUACUGGGGUGCUCUACGUGCGACUGGGGACUGGAGGACAGUCCCCAGCCCACGGAGGAGAAGACUCGUAAGUAAUGCUUUUGUCAGUUCGUCUCCG